AUGCCACCCCGGAGUUCCUUACUGCUUAUCGGUAUUUUUGGCAUCUCAUUCGCUUUGCAUAUAUUUUUGCAACAUAAAAUUGCCCAGUGUCAUCGAUCACGAAAGCAACACUUUUAUUCCGGAUGGUUUGCAGCUGGUUGGCCGUAUGCUGUCGCUCAUUGUUUGAUUACAUAUGGUUUACCUCAACUUUUGAUAUUGUUCGGAUUUGGUCCUCUAGGUAUAAUUCGUCACUCUAUCGCUUCCUGGAUUCAAUCUGUAUGGGGUGCAUCGAUCGUCUUCUCUUUUCUACAAUCAAUUGGAGCUCGAGGUGGAAUAUCUAAUCGAUUUCUGAAAUUGCUUGGUAUCGCACGUAUAAUUGAGAAAAUAAGAAGCUGGUUUUGGGAUGACGAUUAUAUUGCACAAUGUGUCAAUUACUAUGAAUGGUGGUCAACUGUUUUAAGUAUAAUAGAACUUGUGGUUUGUUUUAUUAUUUACUGGCUUCUCAGACGUCGACGAUAA